AUGGAAGGGGCCAAACAAAGUACGACUGCUCAUCGGAGAGGCCCUAAUAUAAGAAGACUUCUUAGUGAGGAUGCGGCGUGCUCAUCCGGUGAUUCAGCCAUCGGACCGAGCUCAUCCUCCAGAUUAGCCUCUUUGAUGGCAUUUUCUAGGUUGGUUUCCCACCAAGAAUGGUUGAGGGGUAAGCUAGGAUCAGUUAACCAACCAUCUAAUACCGGAGAUGAGGUCUUCAUUAUCGAACAAGACUUUAUUAUCGAACUCUACAUUGUAGAUCCCAACCCCGAAUUGUGCUCUAGUUAUGGUUGCAGCGCGCUGGAGAUAUUCUUGAUGUUCGACGUUUGCGCGUCUUCUAACUCUUUCUUCGUCUUCUCCGUCUUAGAAGAUGAGAUGUCUCCCCCAAUUACUUCGUGA